AUGAGUACUGUUCAAACAUCACAUCAACAAGCAGAAGAACCAUUAGACUUAAUAAGGUAUCAAUUGGAUGAAUAUAUUAUUGUCAAAUUAAGAGGUUCAAGAGAAAUAAAGGGGAAAUUACAAGGAUUUGAUUCUCAUUGUAAUAUGGUUUUAAGUGAUGCUUUAGAAUAUAUAUAUAAUGAAAAUGAUGAUGAACCAAUGACUAAAAAGAGUGAGAUGGUUUUUGUUAGAGGUGAUUCUGUUAUUUUGAUAAGUCCGAUAAUAGAGUAA